AUGUCAAAGUUAUCUGAGUAUUCAAAAGAGAUUUCAAAAAUAAGACGUAAGUUUAGCCAGGCUCAGGCUGAGCAGUCUCUAAAUUAUUCCCUUUUGGACAAUGACUUGGAAGUUAGAUUAAAUAAGAGUUAUAAAAUUGGUCCCAAGUCUAAAAAUAAGACUUUGGACACCAAAAAUGUGUGUGAAUCAUUUGCAAUAUUAUCUAAGCUGGAGGAUCCAGCAGAGUUGGAUUUGGUAAUGGAGGGUCCAAAGGAAAAAUACAAAAAACAUAUUCUGGGACUAAUGAAAGAUGAUUCCAAAAAAAAUAAGAUUUCAAAGAAUACAAGGCAGGAUAGGAACUAUGUGUCGAAAAGUAUUGGGAUGGAUUCGUCUCUGAAACUUGGGAUGAAAACUUAUUGCUACUCAAAUGGAGCAGAAUGGAGUCCAAUGAAUCCAAGUUUAAUAUGGAGAAAAACUAAAGAAAGUGACAAUGCAACCACCAUUCCUUCAUCAUUCUCUAAUCAGAGAGCCUUAAUGAACAAUCCGGGAAUAAUUAGGAAACUUGAAAACGAACUUGGUCCAGUUAAAGGUUCAAUUAUGCUUGCAGCAACAGGAGAAAAGUUUCAAGACAUUAAUACUGGUAACUCAAUAACUGCAAAAGAGGUUUGGAAAGAUGAACCUCUAUCUCCAAUUGCGAAAAUUUCACAGCAGGAUAGAGACAAACAGUAUAUGGGGCAUUACAAUCAGGAAAUACCUAUAUAUGAUCAUUUUGGCGUUCAACAAGCAGAGCUAGUGAAUUUGACAGAUUUUGGAAACAUCAAAUUACCAGUGAGAAGUGUCUUGUCAAUGACCCAAGAAGCAUCAAAGGAGGUACAGAAGGAACUUCUGGAGAAGGAGGGAAGACUGGAAAUGAAGCUUUUAAAUGCAGUUGAUCCCCACAGCCAGAAGUUGCAGCAUAAGGAUAUGCCAGAAAACAAAAUGGUUUGUGAAAGAAAACCUUUGAUGGGAAAUCAAUAUAAUAAAGGUUUAAUUGAUAUUAAGGAAAAGAUCUUGUUUGAAGGAGAAAUUGACAAAAACAGGGAAGAAAGUCAAAAAAACGAUCUAAUGAAGUUAAGAGUCUUCAAUACCAACUUUGAAAAACAUCUAGGCUUUAAGCUAACUGGAAAAGUAUCUUUGGAUAAUAUAGGAGACAAGGUCAUUUCUCUAGGAACAGAAAACACCUCCAAGUUAAUCGGAAAAGAGUUCAGAGAACUGAGAUGCCAACUCGGAUGGGAAAACGCUACCGAAAAUACUUCCAAUACCAACGAAAAAGAGUUUAACAUAUAUGGAGAUGUUUUGGAUCAAAAAAAUAUUUCAAAUGAAGCCAUAGUUGAUCGCCUCAUUGAAAAUACAACUCUUUACCCAUGUUUUGAUGAAGUUCUCUUUGAAAAUACUUUUAGAAUACAUCCAGACAAAAGUAGGAAUCAUAUCUCACUAAUAACAGACCAUCUGGACGCUACUUCUGUCUUGAGUUCCAGUGAUCUUCUUCUAAAUGUUCAUAAGAGACAAUACACUCCUCCCUUGGCUGAAAACUUCCCCAAAGGUCUUCCAUCUAUUAUUCAAGAUCCUCGCAUAAUUUGGCAAAAGGAGUUCCUAAAUAUUCCAUAUGAAAUUACUGCUGAUUUAAUUCGAAAAAUUCAAAGAGGUUUUUGGGACGAAAUUAUCAAUGAUAUAGCUAAGAGCAGUUAUGGGUCAAUCUCUAUAUCUUCCAUUGAAUCAAUAAACAAUAUAAAGAAGUUUAUUUUAAAUGAACUCAAUUAUAAUUCCAUAUAUAAUGUUGAUGAACCCUUUGAUGUCUCACCACCAAGUCUAUCUCCUGUUGAAAGGGAACAACAAACAAGAAUAGGACCCAACUUCAAAUCUCAGUUAAUAAAUAAUAACAAGCUGAUUUUAACCCCGAAAUUGAAACUCGGAUUUGGAAAUACUAGUCUGAUUUCUAAUUCUCUUUCUAAGAUUGGAGCCAAAAUAUUUGGAGGAUAUACAACCCAGGCACCAUCCAAUUCUGAUGAAAAUUCUAAGCUCGAACCAAUUAGAAACGAUGUAUCUGCCAUUAAAUUUAUUCCCGAUUGUGAAUUAUAUGAGACAGCACUAUGGGGAAGAUAUGAAUUCCCAAAUGAUGACUCCAAUAAGGGUAUUAUACGAAAAGUCAAAACUGUAGAAGCUAAUGAAGAAGAUCCCUUGUAUAAGAGUAAUGUAAUUUCAAUGUCAAAUGAAUGGAAGGCAGAUGUUGAAAGACAAACAAGGGAACGAAAAGAGGGAGUUGAAAUGUUGGCUAAUUCUCGAAAUGAAUCUUCUCUCAAAGAUCUAACUUCUAACCUGAAUAAAAUUGUGGAAUCUGGAAUAGAAAAUAUGGAUAAAAAGGAAUUUUCUAGGUUAAGUGAAAUCUUUAAAGAUAAAAAUCAAAAUCUUAUUGAGGUGUUGAAUAAGAAUCAACCAUCUGGAAAAGUGAUUGGAAAAGAAGGCAGUUUGCUUCAAAAAGAUUACAAUCAGUUUAAUAAGUCAGGAAUUAGGAAUGUUGGAUUGUCUAGUCUUGGUGUUAACCAACAAAACACUUACAACCAUAUGAAUUCUCCUAAUGCUAAUAAAACAGGAGCUCAACAAAGCAUCUUUAGAAAGAUUAGAAAUUCUCAAAAGACUGGAAAGAACAAAAAUGGUAUUGAUAUUAUUGAAGAUUAUGAUGAUGAUGAAAGUUCUAUUAGAGAUGAUGACUCAGAGGAAUUAGAAGAUCUCUCAAGUGAAAAUGAGGAAGAUUUUAGACAAAUCUGUGAGACAAUUCAUAUAGCUCCAUGGGAACCAACUAAUUUAAUGAUGACAAAAAAUCUGUUCAAAUCAAUGAAUAAUAUCUUCUCCACUUUGUCAGUAAUCAUUACAAAAGAUUCAAAAGUUAAAAACAGAAUUGAACUUUUUGAACUUGGUGAACAUGGAGUAAUUGUAUGGUUAAAUAGAGAUCCUAUCAAAAUUAAAGAUAAGAUUUUAUCUUGUUGUAAUAAUGUCAAAGGAAAAUUAAGGGUUAAAGGAGGAAUAUACAUUACUCCUGAUACUGAGAUAUCUCCAAUUGAACCAUGUACUGAGGUUCCUGGUAAUUAUACUUUUACUGUAACUGGAAUCAAUUUUUCUUAUUUGGUUUUAAAUAAGAGUUAUUCUAAACAACUGGAUCAUGUAAAGAAUUUUGUUUCAACUUAUGAGAAAUUCAUGUUGUUUCAUACUAAUUAUAGUAAUAUUAGUAAUUAUAAUGGAAAUCAUUUAUAUAACCAGAAUUCCAAUGUGGGAAUGGAAUACAAAGGAAAAGGUUUAAAGAAUGAUUUUCCAAUAUCAGAACAAACUCAAUUUGGAGUUAAUGCAGAUACAGAUAUUGAUAUAAUUACUAGAUAUGAUAAGAAGACAAUUAAUAAUAUUGACAUAACUAAUUUAAUUCCAGCUUUAAAUAAUAAUGAAAUUUCAGGUAAUAAUACAAUUUUGGUGGUAUCUGAUAAUCCUUUUGUAAAAGGAAUACUUCCACUAUCUUUAUCAGAUCUUCCAAAGACAACAAUCAAGUUCAGUUUGAGAAGGAAUCGUUUAUUAUUAUGGAGAUCAAUAAAAUGUCAGAUCUGGAAAACUCAAUACAUUGAAUAUUGUCUUAAGAGUUCUAUAAUACCAGCAAAGAAGGUGGUAAAUUUCAUUUCAAAUGCUUUUACAAAAUCGAUUGCUUCAAAUUCUUUUGAUAUGGCAGGUUUAAUGUUUCAAGAGAAUUUGUUUUCCCAUUGUAUUGGUGUUGCUUUAUCUAGAAGAGAUCCAAAAGAGAUGAUUUUUAGAGGAUGUUAUAUGGGGGAUGAAGGAUUUCAUGCAAUUUUUCCUUUACUAACUCAGUUAAAGUCUCUAGGAAAGUUAGAUUUGGGGAUGAACAAUUUAACAGCUCAUUCAUUACCUCUAAUUUUAGAGGUAGUGAAAAGAUGUAAUUGUAAGAAACUUCUUUUGGAUUUUAAUAAUUUGGGUCCAAAUAAGACAAAGCGUGAAUUUUCAGCAUUUUUCAAACAUAUUUUGUUUUCAACAAGCAUAGAAUAUCUAAAUCUUUCAAGAAACAAGAUUAAUGGAAGAUGCAUUGACUCUUUGGAUACAAUUUUGGAUAAUUCAAACUUUAAAAAUAAGACAUUGGAGACUCUUAAUUGGUGUUCAAAUGGCAAUACUCAACCUGAAAUUGAAACAUUAUUGCUUGCUCUUCAGCCUUGUUGCACAAAUCUCUCAAAAGUUUUCUUGGGAGGAAAUCCUAUUGAAAGGAUUGAUGCUUUUAGAAGAAGGUUCAGUCGAAUUCGUAUCGUUAUGGAGGAUGUAAGUUCCCAUUAUCUGAUCAAGAACCGGGGUAGUCCAGAGGAAAAGAACUAUUUGGCAGAUUCUAGGUUGAGAAGAUCUCAAGGAUUUAGUAGAAUCGGUUCAUCGAAUUCUAAUUUGAAUUUUGAAAAUUCCAGAUUGUUUUCCCGAUAUUAA